UUAUCAUCGUCCUUGUUACUCUCAAUCUCGCCAUCUCUUACUCCCACCGCGCCAUGCCUUCUCUUCUCACCCCCGCCGGCGCCGGGCGUAGCAUAUCCCGCGUCAACUCUUUCACUCGCGACUGGGGCGACGACGACAAGGCGCCCUCCAGCACGCCGAUCGAGUGGUCUCCAAGUCCGCCGCGCGUCAAAACUAAGCUUCCCUUCUCCGCUCCGGCUCGUUCAGCUCCACCAAUGUCGUCCUCCGCGUCGGUGUCAAACUCCACACUCUCAGUUAGCGAUGGCUUGACUCCGCAAGAACGUCGCCGCCGUGCGAUUCUCGAGGCCAUGCCUAUAAACCCGCCUUCAGCGAGAACGUCCGCUACCUCAAGUUUAGUAGUGGCUGCGCCUCCACGCCCCAGCGUCAUCCCUCCGAAAGCAUCGUCUUCUACAUUACUAUCGUCAAGUCGGCUGAACGUUGCGUCGUCGGGUUCGAGCACCAAACUUUCGGCAGCCGCCGACACUCAGGCUCUGCCGGAGCUUCCAACGCUGGACAUCAAGAAACGUCCAAAACCGUGGGAGGGGGACUUCUCGUAAGCACCCUUCUCAUAUGACCUUCCUUCAGCGCACAACGCUAACUGAAGCUCUGCCAAGAAGGUGACGGAGACCGGAGGACUGUCGCGCACGAACUCGUCAUCAAGCGUCGGCCAGUCACGCAAGAAGGGCAAGCCCUCUCUGCCCACUGUCAACAUCAGGAAUCAGCUCGUCUUGAGUACGGAACAGCAAGAGGUGCUCAAGAUGGUUGUUGAUCAGGGAAGGAAUAUCUUCUUCACCGGAAGUGCCGGUGAGAUCACUCUAUGGGGCGAU